AUGUCUCUGGAGUCGGUGCGAUACAGCCGGGGAUCCCUGCACGUCCUCAAUCAGCUGCUGCUACCGCACACCAGCCGCUAUGAGCCGGUGAGCGGAGUGCAGGGCGGAGCCGAAUCCAUCCGCACUAUGAAGGUCCGCGGAGCUCCAGCCAUUGCCAUUGUGGGUUCUCUGAGCCUGGCUGUUGAGCUUUCCUCCCACCCCCCGCAGCAAGUGUCGGAUCUUCUCACCUUUGUCCGGGAGUCCAUGGAGCUGUUGGUGGGAGCCCGGCCCACUGCUGUCAAUAUGAAGAAAGCAUCCGAUGAACUGAAUUCCUUCCUGGCUGGGGAGGCCGAGAAGCCGGGGGUCACGGCCCAGGAGCUGACUGAGAGUGUCAUCCAAUGGGCAGAGUCUCUUCUAGAGGAAGAUGUUAAAGACAACCAAAAGAUUGGAGACCUGGGAGCUCAGCAUAUUCUGGAGACCACCCAAGCGUCCGGUGGGGUUUGUAUAAUGACCCACUGCAACACGGGGUCCCUGGCUACUGCUGGCUAUGGGACUGCACUAGGUAAGAGGCUUUCUUGGAGGGCGGGGCUCUGUUCCUGGGACAGUUGUGUAGGUAAAGGUACAGAUGGAUUAAGGCACUAUAGGGUCAUAAGCAAGGUAGAUGCUUUGGCCGGCCAUGUCUUUGACCAAUAUUGA